CUUUCAAAUAAGUAAGAUACAAUUGUACAGUACUACUACAAUUACAAAUUAUUAUUAUUAUUAUUGUUGUCUUUAUUACUAUUAUUAUCGUUAUGUUAAUCAGUCAAAAAACACCGAAUUUAUGCUUUCCUGAUAAAUCCCCAACAAUGAAUUCAUCAACACAAUUAAAUAAUCCAAUCAUUUUUAAUUCAAACACUAUGGAAUCACAUGAUAAAAAUAACCAUGCUGAUGGUGAUGGUGAUGAUGAUGAUGAUGAUAAAUGAUGACGAUGAUGAAGAUGAGCCAAAAUCAUUCAGUAUAGAAACAUGUAAAUCACAAUUUAUAUUCAGUCGAAAUAGACAUAGUUCUAAUGAAUCUAAUACAACGAAAGCACCAAUUUCACCAUUCUUAUCAACUUUACCAAACAGUAGUACGGCGUUUAGAUCUCCACCCCAUCUACUACAACCCAACAUAAACCUACAAUCAUCGUUACCAUUACUAUCCCCAACAUCAUUACCAUUCCCACUUCCUUCUGUCCCUCCGUUAACCAAUUCAAUAUUUUGCAAAAAUUCCACAUCAUUCUAUACUACUCUAAUGAAUCAAAUGGAUCCAGACCAAUUACAUGUUCUUAUAAAAAUGUUAAAUGAUACAGUUACAAAUAGUUUACUAAAUAAUAGCUCGUCAAAUUUAUCACUACCACCUACAUCGAUUUCAACAGCAGCAUUAGCUACUGCGGCGUUGCAAUCAAUGUUCAAUAGCGCCAUGUUUAACACAGAAUCUUCAGUACCAAUGAAUUUAUUUAAUAAUAAGUUUGAUUCAGUGGAACAUUUUGAUAUUUGUAAUCAUGUACACAAUGAUUUGAAGAACAGUUUUAGUUCACAAGAUGAUUAUUAUCAUCAUUAUCUCCGUGACCACUGGGAUUCCCGAUAUUGUUCAAAAGAUUAUUUGAAUGAUCCUGCUAAUUGGCCAGAUAAUAUUAAUAAUAAUAAUAAUAGUGGUAAUAAUAAUAAUAAUGUAUUACUUAUGAUGUUAAUGAUGAUGUUUAUGAAACGAAAUGUUGAUUCGUUGAUAUCAACACCUGAUCAACUAAAUAAGUCACCAACAUUAACAUUAUCAUCUGCGUCUGGACCCUUCACUUCCCCGUCAUCAUCAUCGCCAUCGUCGACAAAAGGACUUACGACGAUGACAACAACAACUACUACUACUACAGAAAACCAAUUUAUGGAUGAUCAUAUAUUACACUGUGACAAGUCUAGUCAACAUCGUUAUAAUUUGUUACAUAAUCCAAAUUAUUUAAACACUGGAGAUGGAUUGCAAAAAUCUAUGAAAUGUAACAUAGUGGAUGAUCAAGAAAAUUUAAAAUUUAAAUUAAAUCAUUUAAAUAUAUUCCCAGAUAACUUAACUAUUCGUGAUAUCGUUAGUUCAACUGGUAGUAGUAAGAAUACUACUAUGGUUAAUACUACUAUUACUACUACCACUACUACUUAUAACAGUAGCCAUAAUAAUAAUAAUACUAACAAUAAUGAUAAUGGUUAUCAGUCAUCUAAGUCAUAUAUCAUGAAUGAUUUAUUAGAAAAUGAAUCUGAUCAAAUAGAUUCACUAGUUCAACGAACUGAAUUAUUAGACUCUGAUCUAUGGAAACAUUUUCAUAGUAUGACUACUGAAAUGGUAAUUACAAAAUCAGGACGUCGAAUGUUUCCAUCAUUCAAAGUACGUGUUACAGGGUUAGAUAGAAAUGCAAAAUAUAUUAUGUUAUUAGAUAUUGUAUCACGUGAUGAACAUCGAUAUAAAUUUCAAAAUGGUAAAUGGACAAUUGCAGGUAAAGCUGAUCCAGAACCAUGUCGUAAACCAUACAUUCAUCCAGAUUCUCCAACAACCGGUGAAGAAUGGAUGCAUAAACCAAUUUCAUUUCAUAAAUUAAAAUUAACUAAUAAUGUAGCUGAAAGACAAUCUUUUCAAGCUGUACUCAAUUCAAUGCAUAAAUAUAUACCAAGAUUUCAUAUUGUUCGUGCAGAUCAUCUAAAUAAAAUGAAUAUGUCCAAUUUUGUUACAUUUAUCUUCGAUGAAACUGAGUUCAUCGCUGUAACCGCCUACCAGAAUGAACGAAUCACUCAAUUAAAAAUUGAUAAUAAUCCAUUUGCUAAAGGAUUUCGAGACAAUGGUAGUGGGCGUCGUGAAAAGAAAGGUUUACGAUUACGUUACAAACAGCCAAUAAAUUCCACUGAUACUUAUAAUGAUCUAGAUAGUAUUGAAAGGGAUAUGUUAAGAAAACGUUCAACUGAUAUAUACAAAACACAUGAAAAUAUUAAGUUUUCGUUUCCAAAUUCAAUAAAUCAUCCAGCAUAUACAAAUCGAUUGUCAUUAUUACAUAAUAACAAUAAUAAUCAUGGAUUAGAUAUAAAGUGUUCUUCAUCUUCCCAUUGUUCUUCAAUUUCUACUCCCAUUUGUAAUGCAUCAUCAUCGAUUAUAUCAACACCGAAUCAAUUAUUUUGUGGAUUAUCUAACUCUUUAUCUUAUACUUCAUCAGAUCAAUUCUCAUUAUAUUCAAUCAACAAUUUACAUAACUGUGGUAAUAAUAAUCAUAAUAGUAAUAAUAAUAAUAGUAAAUCAGUUGAUUCUUUAUCACCAUUAUCAUCAUUAUCAUUUUGUAAUUUAUCAGUUGAUAAAUUAUCUACUACAAAAGAUCUAUCAUCUCCAUCUUUGUCAUUACCUUAUCCAUUAUGGUCAGGAGUUUCAUCAAUGACAUAUACAUGCAUUUCAGAGAGUUUCAAAUAUAUGGAGGUAUUCGACAAGAAAUGCUUAACCUCAAUUCCGUUCUUGCUGCACUGGCCUACGAAGUAUACCUACAAUCUUGAUGGAACUGACGUUCUCUGUAGUACACCAACUCAUGUCACCUAGACUCAAAGUCUAAUAAGUUAUCACAUAAUUAGUCGAUCCAUGAUUCAUCUUUUG